CCUGAACACGCCCGAAACCUCGCGAUCACCACGUAUCAUCGAGCUCCGCCGCGAGGCCGGUAGCCGCAGCCAUGGCGUCGGGGGGAGGCAACAUCAAGGUCGUGGUGCGCGUGAGGCCGUUCAAUGGAAGAGAGAUCGCCCGCAAUGCAAAAUGCAUUGUCCAGAUGAACAAGGACCAGACUAUCCUUACACCCCCUUCACACAUCGAGGGAAAGCUCUCCAAAGCCGCUAAAGCUGCCCUCGAUGGGUCUAAGACAUUCGCUUUCGACAAGAGCUACUGGUCGUUCAACCGUAGCGACCCUCAUUUCGCCAACCAGGAGGAUCUGUUUACAGAUCUGGGGAAGCCCCUGCUGGAUAAUGCAUUUCUGGGCUUCAACAACUGUAUCUUUGCGUAUGGGCAGACGGGUUCGGGGAAGUCAUACUCGAUGAUGGGGUAUGGGGAGGAGGCUGGUGUCAUACCGAAGAUUUGCAGGAACAUGUUUGAGCGUAUUGAGGAGAUGCAGAAAGACAAGAAUCUGACUUGCACCGUCGAAGUGUCCUACCUGGAAAUCUACAACGAGCGCGUCCGCGAUUUGCUGAAUCCGUCUACCAAGGGAAACCUCAAGGUCCGCGAACAUCCUUCCACCGGACCCUAUGUCGAGGAUUUGGCGAAGCUACUGGUGCGGUCGUUUCCGGAGAUUGAGAACUUGAUGGAUGAGGGGAAUAAAGCUAGGACGGUCGCCGCGACGAACAUGAACGAGACCUCUAGUCGAUCGCACGCGGUGUUCACUCUCAUUCUGACGCAGAAGAGGCAUGAUGUGGAGACGAGGAUGGAUACCGAGAAAGUGGCAAAAAUCAGUCUGGUGGAUUUGGCAGGUUCGGAGAGAGCUACGUCUACUGGUGCGACUGGUGCAAGAUUGAAAGAGGGUGCGGAAAUUAACAGAUCGCUGUCUACACUCGGUCGUGUCAUUGCGGCGCUCGCGGACCUUUCCUCGGGCAAGGGCCCUGGCAAGAAGAAGAACCAAUCUAUGGUGCCAUAUCGAGAUUCCAUCUUGACGUGGUUACUCAAAGACUCGCUGGGAGGCAACAGUUUGACGGCUAUGAUAGCUGCAAUUUCGCCUGCUGAUAUCAAUUUCGACGAGACGCUUUCCACGCUUCGAUAUGCCGACUCUGCCAAGCGAAUUAAAAAUCACGCCGUUGUCAACGAGGAUCCAAACGCCCGCAUGAUCAGAGAAUUGAAAGAGGAACUCGCUCAACUUCGAUCGAAACUUAGCGGGGGAGCUUCUGGUGGUAUUGUUGAAGAACAAUACGCGCCUGAUACCCCACUGGAAAAGCAGAUUGUCUCAAUUACCCAGCCAGACGGUACCAUAAAGAAAGUUUCAAAGGCCGAGAUUGUUGAGCAAUUGAAUCAAUCAGAAAAGCUAUACACUGAUCUCAACCAGACUUGGGAAGAAAAGUUACAGAAGACAGAGGAAAUUCACAAGGAGCGAGAAGCUGCGCUAGAAGAGCUUGGUAUCAGCAUCGAGAAGGGGUUUGUUGGAUUAUCAACGCCCAAGAAGAUGCCUCAUCUUGUAAACCUGAGCGACGAUCCUCUACUCGCCGAAUGUCUGGUAUACAAUCUGAAGCCCGGAACUACGACCGUUGGGAAUGUGGAGUCGGCGACUACAGCGGAGAUUCGAUUGAAUGGUUCACAAAUUCUGCACGACCACUGCGUGUUCGAGAACGUCGAUGGUGCUGUCACCGUAGUGCCUCGAGACAAUGCCGGCGUCAUGGUCAAUGGGCAGCGAAUAGAGAAACCAAAAAGGUUACGCAGCGGCUAUCGAAUCAUCUUAGGCGACUUUCACAUUUUCCGUUUCAACAAUCCCCAAGAAGCACGAGCUGAGCGAGCUGAGCAGGGGAGCCUUCUUCGUCAUUCCGUUACAGUGAGCCAGCUAGGAUCUCCAUCUCCUAGACCUGGUCACGACAGAUCUUGGAGUACUGUCAGUAGGCCUGAAUCAGAGUUUGACUCUGAAAGCCCAGGAGCCGCUUCACCAAACCCAUUUCAGCAACGGAACGGGCGCGACUCUGAUUGGUCGUAUGCUCGGCGAGAGGCUGUCACUGCAGUGCUAGGGACUGAUCAGAAAAUCAAUAGCUUAACUGACGAGGAGCUUGACGCCGUUUUCGACGAUCUACAAAGGAUACGGGCUGUCCGGAAAGGUCGACCAGAGAGCAGGAUGUUCGAGCAAGAAGAUGAUCUGGAUUCUGUUUCAACGUACCCGGUUCGAGAAAAAUACGCUUCCACCGGAACCAUCGACAACUUCUCUUUGGACACUAUGCUGACCAUGCCCUCCACUCCUCAACCAGGUGAGGAGGAUGAACGUCUCCGAUUAGUCAGGGAAGAUAUGCAGGAUCAAAUUGACAAGCAGAAGGAAGAAUAUCAAGCAAAGCUAAAAUCUGCAGAAGAAGCCAAUGUCGAGAUUGAAGAGAUCAAGGCGGAAAAAGUCAAGAUGGAGGAGAGUCUUCGUACUGCUAAAGAAGGAAUGCAGAAGCAGCUACAAGAACAGAAAGAGGAAUUCCAAAGGCAGCUACAGGAACUCCAAGGGCCGCUAUCACCCCAAUCAAAUGGACCCGUAGGACCACCGGAGCCGACCGAGAGGCAAAUGGAACUCGCAAAGGACGCAUUCCAACAAUGGCGGCAGCGGAAGUACGUGGCCAUGGCGGAGACGAUUCUCCAAAAUGCCGCAACAUUGAAAGAGGCUCAAGUGAUGAGCCAGCAGAUGGACAAGCAUGUUGUUUUCCAGUUCUGCAUCGUCGAUGUUGGACACUCCUUUGCAUCGUCAUAUGACUUAGUUCUCAAUGGGAUACCUGGAGAAGAUGAUGAAGACCUCGACAUUACCCCCAAGCCAUGCGUUGGCAUACGAGUUAUAGACUUUAAGAAUCAGGUCGUACACCUCUGGUCGUUACAGAAGCUUCGCAUCCGGGUGCGGCUUAUGCAUCAGAUGCACCACUUGGAGAAUCCGUUCCUAGAGCCUUGCAUGCCGGAGUUCUCGCGGAUUGGGGAUGUCGAUGUCCCUCUGGCUGCCGUCUUCGAGUCUCGUGUCCAGGACUUCAGCCUCGAUGUUAUCUCUUCGUAUACCGCAAAUCCUUCAUCAGCCCAAGCGCCUUCUACCACCCUAAAAUUCAAUGGAACAGAUGUUCACGCCCAACUCUUUGUUCCAGGCGUCUCUGAUGAAGGCGGAGCAACGACAACGCAAAUGAUCAAGGACUUCGACGAGGGCGCAAUUCGCUUUGAAAGUGUUCACAGCAUGAGCGUUCCGUUCGCCAGUCCUCGUACCUCAUUCCUUCGAGCUUCGAUAUUUGCCAAAGUAACUACUAUGCAUCUAGAUAAGCUACUUAGCUGGGAUGACAUGCGAGAUUCGGCGGUCAAGCCUAAGAAGAAGCGCCUUGCUUCUCGCCUACCAGAGUCCGAGUUCUUUACCGAAGAGGUCCAUGAUAUCUUCUCCCGUAUCCAGAUCCACGAAAUCUCCGAAGACGGAUCUUAUCAACCUGUCGAAGUCAUUCAAAACAGUGUUGCGGAUGAAGGCGCCUACCAACUCCAUCAAGGGCUACAACGACGGAUAGUAGUCAACCUCACCCACACCUCGGGCGAGACUCUACAAUGGCACGACAUUGCCGGUCUCCGCGCGGGUCGCGUUCGCCUUGUUGAUUCCUCCGGUACGGCUCCAGCCCUCGAUUCCCCUGUCCACGAAGUUCCCCUUGCACUCGUGCACCCGCCCACAGUAAAGUCCAACGCAGACGGUACUACAAAUGUGACCUUCAUCGGGCAAUGGGACUCAAGUGCACAUGGCUCCCUUCUUCUCGACCGCGCUACACCUGACAAAUACCGCGUGCAAGUGUCCCUUCUCUGGAACGUCUCCAGCACCCGCCUCGCCUCCCCCAUGGUCUUCUCUCUUGAUCUAGAUAUGCAGAUUCGAGCGCGGAGUUUCUUGCGUCAGACGAGUCUCUUUGGCUUUGCCAACCUUUGGAACACUACAAGAGUGAUCCAUUCUACAACUGCUAUAUUCUCAGUCGCUAUCCGUCCUACCUCAGUCAAGCGUGCGACCGACCUAUGGCGCAUGAACACCCGUGACGACUUUGUGAAAGGCGAGGAAAUGCUAGCUGGAUGGACACCUCGAGGUGUCAGCCUUGUCAAAGACUUCAUCGCCACCCAAAAACGUCGCCGACGAGUCGCGGAAAUCGAAACAGCACGCAGCGUCCUAAGCAGCCGUGCCUUGACCCUCCCCACCACAAAUGGCACAACCAACGGCACCGGCGCCUCGACCUCGGAGCUCGACGACCGCCAGAAAUCCCUUCUAACCCGCGUCCUCACCCUAUGGCAAACGAAGAAAGAGCCCGCGGAGAUAAUCCUCAACACCACGAACCUCGAACCGCCGUCUUCUGGCGCCGCCUUCGCUGCACGCCCGCUCCAUCCUUCGGCCCAAAGUUCUUCAAAUAACGUCAAUCUGCCUGCGUCAACUGGCCUCUCCUCCGCCCCUGCUUCUCCCUCACCUAAUCCGACGCUUGUCGCAACAGUCCGCCACAUUCCCAAAAACCCAGCGCUCAUGAAAGGCGGGUACCUUCUCAUGCCAGACCCUUCGUCCUCACGAUGGGUGCGGCGAUACGUCGAAUUACGGAAACCGUAUCUGCAUAUUUACUCCGUGCCCGAGGGGGACGAAAUCAAUGCUGUUAGUUUGAGGAAUAGUCGUGUAGAUCAUCAGCCGCAGAUUGCGAGGCUAUUGGGGGGUAGGGCUAGGAGCGAGAGGGAUGGGACAGAAAGAGGAGGCGAGAGUGUCUGGGCGGUGUUUGCGCGCGGGAAUAGCUAUUUGUUCCGGGCGAGGGGGGAGCGAGAGAAGAUUGAGUGGAUACUCAGGAUUGACGAGAGUUAUUUCUCCAGUGGGAGUGGCAGUGGGGAGGAGUGAGACUCCGGAGGGUCAGUUGGGCUCUAUCUUUUGGCUAUCGUCGUAGUGUGCAACAUGGGACUCGUGGCGUCUGAAAAUACUUGGAUCUGCCGCGCUGGGCGUUCGGGAGUAUGGUAGGCUUUGAUGCCGCUAUGGAAGCAUUUAUAUCUCUCGUUCAUCAAUCACUCUCAUUUUUUCAAGUCAUAUUUCUUUUGUUCAGGGACUCGGUCUACGCUUUGGAUACCCAGGGUGUUGGAGUAAUUCCUAUAGUUGCGAGUAGACCUGAUCAAGCCGCUGAGACCGGGUGGUAUAGAUAGAAUAGGGCGGGAAGGGGGCAGUAGAGAGUAAUUUAUCGUUCAACUGUAGCCCCCGGUUUUGUUUUGAUGGUGACGUCCAUCUUCACAAUGUAUGAUAAUGUGGGGCCUUUCUGGUAAGUGGAACCUGCUUCGCGUUGGUGUCGAGAUGAAUGCUAGAUACUGUUCACAGC